GUAGGCGUCUGAGGCGCAUGCUCUGUAGCGGUCUCCGCAGCCAGGAUUGGCGCCCGUGCAGGGGCCUUCGAGCCCCGCCUGUAAAGCCCUCCUGUACAGCCCCACCCGGGUGCGCGGGCAUGGCGGCCAGCCUGUGGAUGGGCGACCUGGAACCCUACAUGGAUGAGAACUUCAUCUCCAGAGCCUUUGCCACCAUGGGGGAGACUGUAAUGAGCGUCAAAAUUAUCCGAAACCGCCUCACCGGGUAAGUCUUAUCUCAGUUCUCUCUUAAUACAGCUUGCUGCAGCGGUCAUUUACAAGAAUGUAAUAUCGGAGUCAUAGCUUCUCACUACCCUUAGUAAUAGUCAUUGUAAAAUUGUAGCACUUAACACUUUGAGGUCCUAAAGAGUGGAGGUAUAGCUUGUACCUUAAGGGCAGGACUCACCUGGCGUGGUGGCUCCUGCCUGUAAUCCCAGCACUCUGGGAGGCCGAGGUGGGCCGAUCACUGGAGGUCAGGGGUUCGAGACCAGUCUGGCCAACAUGGUGAAACCCGUCUCUACU